AUGUUCCUAAGGCUGCUGCUGCUUUUCACCUUGGUGCCGCUCACCGAGUUGCUCCUGUUGGUCGAGCUCGGCCGUCGCAUGGGCCCCCUACCCACUGUCGCCUUGGUGCUCAUUACCGGCGCCCUAGGCGCUUGGCUGGCCCGUCGUCAGGGACUGCGAGUGCUGAGUGAAAUUCGCCGCGAGCAAACCGCCGGGCGCCUGCCCGCCGCGGCGCUGGUCGAUGGUCUGUUGGUGCUGGUCGCCGGCGCCGUGCUGCUGACCCCCGGCCUGCUCACCGACCUAUUCGGCUUCGCCCUGCUGAUCCCGCAAGUGCGCGCUGCCGUCCGCCAGCGCUUGCGCGCCGCCUUCGGCCGCCGCAUCCAGAUCAUCCGCCCAACCGGCAACGUCGACCUCGGCGAGGCCGAGAUCGUCAUUGACGACGCGAUCGAGAAGUAG